AUGAUAUUAACUGUGUUUCUGAGCAACAAUGAACAGAUUUUGACAGAAGUUCCAAUUACACCAGAAACAACCUGUCGCGAUGUAGUAGAGUUCUGCAAAGAGCCUGGAGAAGGAAGCUGCCAUCUGGCUGAAGUGUGGCGUGGAAAUGAACGCCCCAUACCCUUUGAUCACAUGAUGUAUGACCACCUACAGAAAUGGGGUCCCCGCAGGGAAGAGGUGAAAUUUUUUCUUCGUCAUGAGGAGUCACCAGCUGAAAGUAAUGAACAGAGUGGACGUCAAGCCCAAAAUCAAAGAAAUGGCAUAAAUAUACCUAUGGAGAAGCGUACAGAGAAUGGGGUUGGAAAUCCACGUGUUGAGCUCACUCUUUCUGAACUUCAAGAUAUGGCUGCCCGACAACAGCAGCAGAUUGAAAAUCAACAGCAAAUGCUGGUUGCUAAGGAACAACGUUUGCGUUAUCUGAAGCAGCAGGAACGUCGUCAGCAGCAGUCUGUUUCUGAGAGUGAAAAGCUUCAGAAACUUAAAGAACGUGUUGAAACCCAGGAGACAAAGCUGAAAAAAAUCCGUGCCAUGAGAGGACAAGUGGACUACAGCAAGAUCAUGAAUGGCAAUCUGUCAACUGAAAUUGAGCAUAUAAGUGCCAUGUUCCAGGAAAAGCAGCAGGAGCUACAGGCUGCAGUGUUAAAAGUGGAUCAGCUUACUCAGCAACUGGAGGAUUUAAGGAAAGGGAAACUUAAUGGGUUUCAGUCUUACAAUGGACAAAUGACGGGACCUGCAGCAGUAGAAUUGAAAAAGUUGUAUCAAGAGCUACAAAUUCGUAACAGGCUUAACCAGGAGCAGAACUCCAAGCUUCAGCAGCAAAAAGAACUCUUAAACAAACGCAAUAUGGAGGUGGCUAUGAUGGACAAGCGAAUCAAUGAGCUGCGUGAACGACUAUACAAGAAAAAAGUUGAGUUGAAUCGUAUUAAUGGCACUUCCUCACCCCAGUCGUCCCUGAGUGCUUCAGGAAGGGUGGCAGCAGUAGGACCUUACAUCCAAGUUCCAAGUGCUGGCACUUAUGCUGUACCAGUAGAUCCAGUUAAACCACAGUCUCUCACCAUUGCUUCUAGCUCAACACAUGGAAGAUCAAAAUCUGCUAAUGAUGGAAACUGGCCACUACUUAAGCAGAACUCAGCCCCUGUGGUAAAACCACCGCAGAUCUCCAGCACAGACUGGAAAGAAUCGAGCAUGGAUACUGCUUUAAAACAAGGAACUAUAUCCAGCCAGCCCUUGCCAACUUCAGUACUAGGAAGUACUGAUAAGCUGGGUCUUGACCUGGGGAAGGUGCCACCAGCAGUACCUGGUGUAAGCAAGCAGUUGCCUCAAAACUAUGGGACCUAUCCAAGUCCAGUUCCCUUAGGAACAGGUUCUACAAAUUCUCUAGAAAGACGGAAGGAUGGCAGCCUGCCCAGACCUGGCACCAGUAUAACAAAUCGGCAAAGACCUGUUCCACUUCCACCGCCAAGCAACGUCCAUCAGCCCAGUUCUUCACAACAGAUUCAGCAGAGAAUUUCUGUACCUCCCAGCCCUACGUAUCAACCUGCUGGUCCCCCCUUGUUUCCAGGAGGAGAUGGCAGGCCAGAACUCCCCUUAACUGUCGCAAUCAGACCUUUUCUGGCUGAUAAAGGAUCACGACCGCAGUCUCCUAGGAAAGGGCCACAGACAGUGAACUCCAGUUCCAUCUACUCAAUGUAUCUUCAGCAAGCAACACCACCAAAGAAUUAUCAACAAGCUGUAUACAAUACCUUAAAUAAGUCCGUAAAAGCAGUUUAUGGAAAACCUGUAUUGCAAUCUGGCUCGACUUCUCCCUCGCCCUUGCCAUUCCUUCAUGGUUCUUUGCCCACCCAGACUUCCUCACAGCCGCAGUCUCAGCCUCAGACUGAGGUGUCUGAAAAAGAUCAAGAGGUGGAAAACCCUCCACCACCCAGUGAAAACAGCAAUGUGGAAAACAUUCCCCGUCCUCUCAGUCCUACUAAGCUCACACCUAUUGUGCAUUCACCCCUACGGUAUCAAAGUGAUGCUGACCUUGAAGCUCUGAGAAGAAAACUGGCCAAUGCUCCAAGGCCAUUAAAGAAACGUAGUUCUAUCACUGAACCAGAAGGCCCAAGUGGACCAAAUAUACAAAAAUUAUUGUAUCAGCGCUUUAAUACUCUUGCUGGAGGAAUAGAAAGUGCUCCUUUUUAUCAGCCAAGCAACCCACAGGACUUCAUAGGCAUCUUAGCUGAUGUUGAUAAUGGUAACGCUGGUACCAAUGGCAAUAUUGAAGAACCUAUUUCCGUGCAACCUACAGUUCCUCUUCCUGAUGAGCCACCCCCUUCAUCAGAUGCCAAUGAUAACGAGUUACCUUCUCCUGCUACUGAGGAACUGAUAAGUACUGAAACCACAAAUCAAACACCUGAGACAACUGAAGAUAACAACAACAAUCUUGCUAUAGUUCCUUCUACUGAACAGUCACCUAGUCCCACACCAGAGGUCAGUUCUCCAGUAGAAGAUGAAGCUCCUUUGCCUCCUGCUCCUCCUCCUCCGCUUCCUCCAGUAAGUAACCAAACAAAACGUACCAACUUGAAGAAACCAAACUCGGAAAGAACAGGCCAUGGUUUGAGAGUGAAGUUCAAUCCACUGGCCCUCCUCCUGGAUGCCUCUUUGGAAGGAGAAUUUGAUCUUGUACAACGAAUCAUAUACGAGGUUGAUGAUCCCAGUAAACCAAAUGAUGAAGGAAUUACACCUUUGCAUAACGCAGUGUGUGCUGGUCAUCACCACAUUGUGAAGUUCCUGCUUGAUUUUGGUGUAAAUGUAAAUGCAGCAGACAGCGAUGGAUGGACACCCUUGCAUUGUGCUGCUUCUUGCAAUAGCGUUCAUCUCUGUAAACUACUGGUUGAAUCUGGGGCAGCUAUUUUUGCUUCAACUAUAAGUGAUAUAGAAACUGCUGCAGACAAGUGUGAAGAGAUGGAAGAAGGUUAUAUUCAAUGUUCCCAGUUCUUGUACGGAGUGCAAGAGAAGCUGGGAGUGAUGAACAAAGGAGUGGUGUACGCUCUGUGGGAUUACGAAGCCCAGAAUAACGACGAGUUGUCAUUCCACGAGGGUGAUGCCAUUACUAUUCUAAGACGCAAGGAUGACAAUGAAACGGAGUGGUGGUGGGCCCGCCUCAAUGAUAAAGAAGGCUACGUGCCUAAAAACCUUCUUGGGUUAUAUCCACGAAUAAAGCCUAGACAGCGAACCCUUGCUUGAACUGAGUUGUACGACAGUGCAAUACCAUGCUGGUAACUGGAAACUUAAAACAUACACUGGAGCCAUCACUUUUGAUCAUUUCACACAGAGAAAUAAAACUAUGAUACUUAGUUUUAAUGGUGCUUUCUCUUGUUAAAUGGACAGCAUCCACAAUUUUCAAGAUCUGCAGUUUGUAAAUGAGGAUCAUUUUUACAGGACCCACCACUGCUGAGGAGACCGAUACCUCCACUACUUACAGUGUUGCACCACUAUCGUCUGAAGCGGUGUUUUAAGUUCAAAGUUCUGUGGUUGGAGCUUUCUUGUGUUCAAUGUUCAGAGGUGUCACUUGUGGGGUGCAGAUACACUGUCCAGUUUGCUCCAACCCCACAGCAACUGUCCCACAUCAGGAUUUUGGAUGUUUUGUUCAAUACCAGUGAAUGUUGAGUUCUUGUUAUCGAUCAACUCUUGGGUUCUAGGACACAAGAUCUUCACCUAUUACAUGCAUAAUUUAAGUAGUCACCAAAGCUAAAUAAAGGCUAGGAUUAAGCGGUAACAUGCUACACGCUUACAUCCUAGUCUGGACAACCCCAACAAAAGCUUUAACUAGCCUAGCACCUAGUAUUAUUUGCAUUUAGAAUCAAGCUAGAGAACUAACAAAACAACAGUAUUUGUACACUUCUCAAAUCCCCUACACGCUAUUUCACAUGGUGUUUUAUUUUCUUCUUAUUCAGCUUACAGCACCAGUGUUAUCUCUACUAAUGUAAAGGUU